AUGGACGGCGGCGUGUUGAGUAAAGCCGGAGCCAUGGCGGCAAUCGCGGAGAGCGAGGUGUUCGAGUCGGGCGACGAGGACGAGGAGAGCCGAGUGCUCUGGCAGAUCAUGAUGAUCGAGGAAGCGGCUCGAGAGGCGGCCGCGCGGCAGCGCACAACUCCUAACAGCGACACCGUGACGCCCGUCAGCACCAGCGCCGGCGCUGCUCCGCAUAAAGAUGCAGCGCGCGCGGCGAACAGCGGCGGAACCAUAAGCAAAAGCACGAGCACCGGCGCCCUCUCCUCCCUCAUUUCCGCGCGCUCCUUCCGCAUCCGCGGAAAAUCCUCAGCCAGCGGGUUGCCCUUCCUCCCCGCGCUCACUGUCCCCGAGUCGGACACCGCCUCCGCCGAUCACGGCCCGCUCUCCUGCUCCGCCCUCCCUUCCGCAGCCGCCGCUGCCCCCAGCGGAAGCAUCGCCCCCCCGCUCACGCCCUCCCGCCGCUUUUCAAAAUGGUUUUCGUUUAGAGCAGCGGAUAAGGCGCAGGCUUCUAGCGGGGAUAGCAAUGCGGCUGCUGCCAAGUCUUCCGCGCAGUUUCUGUCUGGAAAGACUGCAAUUGGCGGAUUCUCCUCCGCUGCUGUCUCUGACUCGAGUGAGGUUGUGUCUCUGAGUGUGGCCGAACCCAUUGCGGAGUGCGAGAGCGAGGAAGGGAGGGGAAGCACGGAAGGGCGGAGUGCGGCGGAAGAGACGAGCAAGCCCAAAGACACGUCCGGCGCAGUUGGGUUGGUUUCACCAAAGUGA